CACAUCAAUUCCACAUCAAAAUGUCUGGCCAAUACGAGAUCCUCUGCCUUGAGAACCCCCUCCUGGACAUCCAGGCCGUCGGUGACGAGAAGCUGCUCCAGAAGUACGGCCUCAAGUCCAACGAUGCCAUCCUCGCCGAGGAGAAGCACAUGGGUCUCUACGAGGACCUGUUCCAGAACUUCAAGGUCGACCUGAACGCUGGUGGUGCCGCACAGAACACUGCCAGAGGUGCCCAAUACGUCCUCCCCGCCGACUCGGUCGUCUUCGUUGGAUGUGUCGGCAAGGACAAGUACGCCGAGAAGCUGGUCGAGGCCAACUCCAAGGUCGGUCUCCGCGCUGUCUACCGCUACGAUGAGGAGCAGCCCACUGGUCGCUGCGGUGUCAUCAUCACCGGCCACGACCGUAGCAUGUGCACCGACCUCGCUGCCGCCAACUGCUACAAGGUCGAGCACUUGAAGGAGAACUGGGACCUCGUCAAGCAGGCCAAGAUCUACUUCGUCGGUGGUUACCACUUGACCGUCUCGGUCCCCGCCAUCAUGGCCCUCGCCGAGGAGGCCGCUGCCGAGAACAAGACCUUCAUGCUCUCGCUGUCCGCUCCCUUCAUCUGCCAGUUCUUCAAGGACCAGCUCGACCAGACCUCCCCCUACUGGGACUACGUUGUCGGUAACGAGACCGAGGCUCGCGCCUUCGCUGCCGCCCACGACCUCAACACCGAGGACAUCCCCACCAUCGCCAAGCACAUGGCCAACCUCCCCAAGAAGAACACCCAGCGCAAGCGUACCGUCAUCAUCACCCAGGGCACCGAGCCCACCGUCAUCGCCGUCCAGGGCGACGACGAGGUCAAGUCUUUCCCCGUCCACGUCAUCAACAAGGACGAGAUUGCCGACACCACUGGUGCCGGUGACGCCUUCGCCGGUGGUUUCCUCGCCGGCAUGGCCAAGGGCGAGAGCAUCGAGAAGUGUGUCGACAUGGGCUCCUGGUUGGCCAAGUUGAGCAUCAAGGAGUUGGGCCCCGCAUACCCCUUCCCCAAGCAGACCUACAGCGCAUGAACACCCCACCCAAAAGUCAUUCUUCGCAUUUGAACAAUUCUCAACGAAAAAUCUGGAAGAACAUACAUACGCACCUCAAUGAGUAGGUAGCGUCGCGCACCCUUGAAAGAACAGGUCGCGGAGAUCUUCAACAGAAAGGUCAGCCCAAGGGACACGGCGUCCCUGUGGCCGAGGGAACAGGAGACGGAAACGAGAUACCAUGAGA